AGCAGUGCUAAAGGAGCCCGGCGGAGGCAGCGGUGGGUUUGGGAUUCAGGCGCCGGAUCUGUGGUCGCGGCUGGGAACGUACGCCGGUGCCACCAUCUUCGGCUGAAGAGGUGAUUACUCUUGGAUCCUUCUGUUUACAAUGGCACAAAGGACUGGACUUGAAGAUCCUGAGAGAUAUCUCUUUGUGGAUAGGGCUGUCAUCUACAACCCUGCCACUCAAGCUGAUUGGACGGCAAAAAAGUUAGUUUGGGUUCCAUCAGAGCGCCAUGGCUUUGAGGCAGCUAGUAUCCAAGAAGAGCGGGGAGAUGAAGUUAUGGUUGAGCUGGCUGAGAAUGGAAAGAAAGCCAUGGUCAACAAAGAUGAUAUUCAGAAGAUGAACCCACCGAAGUUUUCCAAAGUGGAGGACAUGGCAGAGUUGACAUGCUUGAACGAAGCAUCUGUUUUACAUAAUCUGAAGGAUCGCUACUAUUCAGGACUUAUCUACACUUAUUCUGGACUCUUCUGUGUAGUCAUAAAUCCUUACAAGAAUCUUCCAAUUUACUCUGAAAACAUUAUUGAAAUGUACAGAGGGAAGAAGCGUCAUGAGAUGCCUCCACACAUCUAUGCCAUAUCUGAAUCUGCUUACAGAUGCAUGCUUCAAGAUCGUGAGGACCAGUCAAUUCUUUGCACGGGUGAAUCAGGGGCUGGGAAGACAGAAAAUACUAAGAAAGUCAUUCAGUAUCUUGCUCAUGUUGCUUCUUCACAUAAAGGAAGAAAGGACCACAAUAUUCCUCAGGAAUCGCCUAAACCAGUGAGACAUCAGGGGGAACUUGAACGGCAGCUUUUGCAAGCAAAUCCAAUUCUGGAAUCAUUUGGAAAUGCGAAGACUGUGAAAAACGAUAACUCAUCUCGCUUUGGAAAGUUUAUUCGGAUCAACUUUGAUGUAACUGGCUAUAUCGUUGGGGCCAACAUUGAAACAUACCUUCUGGAAAAGUCUCGUGCUGUUCGUCAAGCAAAAGAUGAGCGGACUUUUCAUAUCUUCUACCAGUUGUUAUCUGGAGCAGGGGAACACCUGAAGUCCGAUUUGCUUCUUGAAGGAUUUAACAACUACAGAUUUCUCUCCAAUGGCUAUAUCCCAAUUCCGGGACAGCAAGACAAGGAUAACUUCCAGGAGACAAUGGAAGCGAUGCAUAUAAUGGGCUUCUCUCAUGAAGAAAUUCUGUCAAUGCUUAAAGUUGUGUCUUCAGUGCUGCAAUUUGGAAAUAUUUCUUUCAAAAAAGAGAGGAAUACUGACCAAGCAUCCAUGCCGGAAAAUACAGUUGCUCAGAAACUCUGCCAUCUGCUUGGGAUGAAUGUGAUGGAGUUUACCCGGGCGAUACUUACCCCUCGGAUCAAGGUCGGCCGAGACUACGUGCAGAAAGCCCAGACCAAAGAACAAGCAGACUUUGCAGUAGAAGCACUGGCAAAAGCUACCUAUGAGCGUCUCUUUCGCUGGCUCGUUCACCGCAUUAAUAAAGCUCUAGAUAGGACCAAACGCCAGGGAGCAUCUUUCAUUGGAAUCCUGGAUAUUGCUGGAUUUGAAAUAUUUGAGCUGAACUCUUUUGAACAACUUUGUAUCAACUACACCAAUGAGAAACUGCAGCAGCUGUUCAACCACACCAUGUUUAUCCUGGAGCAAGAGGAAUACCAGCGGGAAGGCAUUGAGUGGAACUUCAUCGAUUUUGGAUUAGAUCUGCAGCCGUGUAUUGACUUGAUAGAGCGACCCGCUAAUCCUCCUGGUGUGCUGGCCCUUUUGGAUGAAGAGUGCUGGUUCCCCAAAGCCACUGAUAAAACAUUUGUUGAAAAGCUGGUUCAAGAGCAAGGUUCCCACUCCAAGUUUCAGAAGCCUCGGCAGCUGAAAGACAAAGCCGACUUUUGCAUUAUACAUUAUGCAGGGAAGGUGGACUACAAGGCAGACGAGUGGUUGAUGAAGAACAUGGACCCUCUGAAUGACAACGUGGCCACCCUUUUGCACCAGUCCUCAGACAGAUUCGUGGCAGAACUGUGGAAGGAUGAGAUUCAGAAUAUUCAGAGAGCUUCUUUCUAUGACAGUGUUUCUGGUCUUCCCGCGCCACCAGUGGACCGUAUUGUGGGUCUGGACCAAGUCACUGGUAUGACUGAGACGGCUUUUGGCUCUGCAUAUAAAACCAAGAAGGGCAUGUUCCGGACUGUUGGGCAGCUCUACAAAGAAUCUCUCACCAAGCUGAUGGCAACUCUCCGGAACACCAACCCUAACUUUGUUCGCUGCAUCAUUCCAAAUCAUGAGAAGCGGGCUGGAAAACUGGAUCCACAUCUAGUGCUAGAUCAGCUUCGCUGCAACGGGGUCCUGGAAGGAAUCAGAAUCUGUCGCCAAGGGUUUCCCAACCGAAUUGUUUUCCAGGAAUUCAGACAGAGAUAUGAAAUCCUAACUCCCAAUGCCAUCCCUAAAGGAUUCAUGGAUGGCAAACAAGCUUGUGAACGAAUGAUCCGAGCUUUAGAGCUGGACCCUAACUUGUACAGAAUUGGACAGAGCAAGAUCUUCUUCAGAGCUGGAGUUUUGGCACACUUAGAAGAAGAAAGGGAUUUAAAAAUUACUGAUAUCAUCAUCUUCUUCCAGGCUGUAUGCAGAGGCUACCUCGCCAGAAAGGCCUUUGCAAAGAAACAGCAACAACUGAGUGCCUUGAAGGUCUUGCAGCGGAACUGUGCCGCGUACCUGAAACUGCGACACUGGCAGUGGUGGCGAGUCUUCACAAAGGUGAAGCCUCUCCUACAAGUGACUCGCCAAGAGGAGGAGCUUCAGGCCAAAGAUGAAGAGCUGUUGAAGGUGAAGGAGAAGCAGACGAAGGUAGAAGGCGAGCUAGAGGAGAUGGAGAGGAAGCAUCAGCAGCUGUUAGAAGAGAAGAAUAUCCUUGCAGAGCAACUACAAGCAGAGACUGAGCUCUUUGCUGAAGCAGAAGAGAUGCGAGCAAGACUGGCUGCGAAAAAGCAAGAACUGGAAGAGAUUCUACAUGACUUGGAGUCUAGGGUUGAGGAGGAAGAAGAAAGAAACCAAAUCCUCCAAAAUGAAAAGAAAAAAAUGCAAGCACAUAUCCAGGACCUGGAGGAGCAGCUGGACGAGGAAGAGGGCGCACGGCAGAAACUGCAGCUGGAAAAGGUGACGGCAGAAGCGAAGAUCAAGAAGAUGGAGGAGGAGAUUCUGCUUCUAGAGGACCAAAAUUCCAAAUUUAUCAAAGAAAAGAAACUCGUGGAAGAUCGUAUUGCUGAGUGUUCUUCUCAGCUGGCUGAGGAGGAAGAAAAGGCAAAGAACUUGGCCAAAAUCAGGAACAAGCAAGAAGUGAUGAUCUCAGAUUUAGAAGAACGCUUAAAGAAGGAAGAGAAGACCCGUCAGGAGCUGGAAAAGGCUAAAAGGAAACUGGACGGUGAAACUACUGACCUGCAGGACCAAAUUGCAGAACUCCAGGCCCAGAUCGAUGAGCUCAAGGUCCAGCUAACCAAGAAGGACGAGGAGCUCCAGGGUGCCCUGGCCAGAGGUGAUGACGAAACACUUCAUAAGAAUAAUGCGCUUAAAGUCGUGCGAGAGCUGCAAGCCCAAAUCGCUGAACUUCAAGAAGACUUUGAAUCUGAGAAGGCGUCACGAAACAAGGCUGAAAAGCAGAAAAGGGACUUGAGUGAAGAGCUGGAGGCUCUGAAAACAGAGCUGGAGGAUACCCUGGACACGACUGCGGCCCAGCAGGAGCUCCGUACAAAACGUGAGCAGGAAGUGGCAGAGUUGAAGAAGGCUCUUGAGGAAGAAACUAAGAACCAUGAAGCACAAAUCCAGGACAUGAGACAAAGACACGGCUCAGCCUUGGAGGAGCUCUCUGAGCAGCUAGAGCAGGCGAAAAGGUUCAAAGCCAAUCUGGAGAAGAACAAGCAAGGCCUGGAGACGGAUAACAAGGAGCUGGCGUGUGAGGUGAAGGUCCUGCAGCAAGUCAAGGCCGAAUCUGAGCACAAAAGGAAGAAGCUUGAUGCCCAAGUCCAGGAGCUCCAUGCCAAGGUCUCGGAAGGAGACCGCCUAAGAGUGGAACUGGCCGAGAAAGCAAAUAAGUUACAGAAUGAGUUAGAUAAUGUCUCCACACUUCUGGAAGAAGCAGAGAAGAAGGGUAUUAAAUUUGCUAAGGACGCAACUAGUCUGGAGUCACAAUUACAGGAUACACAGGAACUUCUUCAAGAAGAGACUCGUCAAAAACUCCACCUGAGCAGUCGGAUUCGGCAGUUGGAAGAGGAGAAGAAUAGCCUCCAAGAGCAGCAGGAGGAGGAGGAGGAGGCCAGGAGAAACCUGGAGAAACAGGUGUUAGCCCUGCAGUCCCAGUUGACUGACACCAAGAAGAGGGUGGAUGAUGACUUGGGAACAAUGGAGAGUUUGGAGGAAGCCAAGAAGAAGCUUUUUAAAGACGUGGAGGCCUUGAGCCAACGCCUGGAGGAGAAGGCUCUGGCUUAUGACAAGCUGGAGAAGACCAAGAACCGCCUGCAGCAGGAGCUGGAUGAUCUGACAGUUGACCUGGACCACCAGCGCCAGAUUGUCUCCAACUUGGAGAAGAAGCAGAAAAAGUUUGACCAGCUCUUAGCAGAAGAGAAGAACAUCUCUGCCCGCUAUGCAGAGGAGCGGGACCGCGCGGAAGCAGAAGCCAGAGAGAAGGAGACCAAAGCCCUAUCCCUAGCCCGGGCCUUGGAGGAAGCCCUGGAGGCCAAGGAGGAGUUUGAGCGGCAGAACAAACAGCUGCGUGCAGACAUGGAGGAUCUGAUGAGCUCCAAAGACGACGUGGGCAAGAAUGUUCAUGAACUUGAAAAAUCCAAACGGGCCCUUGAGCAACAGGUGGAGGAAAUGAGGACUCAGCUGGAGGAGCUAGAAGAUGAACUUCAGGCUACAGAAGAUGCCAAGCUCCGUCUGGAGGUCAACAUGCAGGCCAUGAAAGCCCAGUUCGAGAGGGACCUGCAGACCAGAGAUGAGCAGAAUGAAGAAAAGAAACGGCUGCUGAUUAAACAGGUCCGGGAGCUGGAGGCGGAGCUGGAGGACGAGCGGAAACAGCGUGCUCUUGCUGUCGCUUCAAAGAAGAAAAUGGAAAUAGACCUGAAGGACCUUGAAGCCCAAAUUGAGGCUGCGAACAAAGCUCGGGAUGAAGUGAUCAAGCAGCUCCGCAAACUGCAGGCCCAGAUGAAGGAUUACCAACGUGAGUUAGAAGAAGCACGUGCCUCCCGGGAUGAGAUUUUUGCUCAAUCCAAAGAGACGGAAAAGAAACUGAAGAGUCUGGAGGCAGAAAUACUUCAGUUGCAGGAGGAACUUGCCUCGUCAGAGCGAGCCCGCCGACAUGCCGAGCAGGAACGUGAUGAGCUGGCCGAUGAGAUUGCUAACAGUGCUUCUGGCAAGUCCGCACUGCUGGACGAGAAGCGGCGUCUGGAGGCACGGAUUGCACAGCUGGAGGAGGAACUGGAAGAAGAGCAGAGCAACAUGGAGCUGCUCAAUGACCGCUUCCGCAAGACCACACUGCAGGUGGACACACUGAACGCAGAGCUGGCAGCCGAGCGCAGUGCAGCCCAAAAGAGCGACAAUGCACGCCAGCAGUUAGAGAGGCAGAACAAGGAGCUGAAGGCCAAGCUGCAGGAGCUGGAGGGUGCAGUCAAGUCCAAGUUCAAAGCUACCAUCUCAGCCCUGGAAGCCAAAAUUGGGCAGCUGGAGGAGCAGCUGGAGCAAGAAGCCAAGGAACGAGCAGCUGCCAACAAACUAGUCCGUCGUACUGAGAAGAAGCUAAAGGAGAUCUUCAUGCAGGUUGAAGAUGAACGUCGCCAUGCUGAUCAGUAUAAAGAACAGAUGGAGAAGGCCAAUGCCAGGAUGAAGCAGCUUAAGCGCCAGCUGGAGGAAGCAGAGGAAGAAGCUACACGUGCCAACGCAUCUCGGCGCAAACUCCAGCGGGAACUGGACGAUGCCACUGAAGCCAACGAGGGCCUGAGCCGCGAGGUCAGCACCCUCAAGAACCGGCUGAGGCGGGGCGGACCAAUCAGCUUCUCUUCCAGCCGAUCCGGCCGGCGCCAACUGCACAUCGAGGGGGCUUCCCUGGAGCUGUCAGAUGAUGACACGGAAAGUAAAACCAGUGAUGUCAACGAAACGCAGCCACCCCCAUCAGAGUAGAGCCACAGGAAGCCGGUGGAGGCCAUACAGUGUGGCACAGGAACUCACCGGCUGCUGGCCUACCUUGGGGCCGCCUACAGAUUUCGGAAAUGAGCACGCCUACGAGAUUCCUUACUGAAAGAUCAACUGUGUCUUAAGGCUCUCCAGCCUACCCAUACCAUUAUCCUGCUUCAACUCUAGGUACAAUUGCUCCCCCUUUUCUAUAUAUAUAUAUAUAUAUAUACACACAUUUACAACACACACAAAAGAUUGCCUCUUCAUUGCAUCUAUUUUCCAUAUAUUCAUCAAAAGACCAUUUUAUAAUACACGUUAAGAAGACCCCUUUUUGAAGCGGACACUCGUGCCCCCUGGUCCCCAGGGCAGCGUGGUUGUUGCUCAGUCGCUCUGCAUGCUCUGUUCUACAGACCGCUCCUUAGUUCUGUGUUCCUCGGCCACAGCAAGUCUCUUAGAACAUUGUGGAACCUAAACUGCACUUGUGUCUCAUUUUCCUCAAAUAAUGAUCAUCACAAUUCAGUGAGUAAACUGUGAAUGGGGCUUUGGAGAGAUCAGGAGGGGUGGGAUGGACUGGAAGCAGCAGCAUCCAUUUGGGGGUUUACCAUGCCCACCUCCCAAGGCCCUCGAGUUGAUGGUGUCCCCACAUUUAUGCCUGUGAACCGUCCUUGGCCAGAGCUGGUCUGUACAUAAAGGAUAAUGGCCGUGGUGGAGCUGUGGCCCCUGGUGCAAUCACCACUUCGACCUCUGGAUGUGGUCUCCUCAACACUGGCUUUGCCAGGGCACCUUCUCAUCAGAAACCAGCAGCUCUGGGCCCCUAAGGUGGUGGAAGGCCCACCCUCAUCAGUCAGGCUCUCAUGCUGACCCUGCAAAUUCAGCCGCUGCUUUGAGCCCAAAAUGGGAAUCUUGGUUUUGUGUCCAAGACUUGUUCCAAGUUUGUCAGUGAGGUUUGCAGAACCUCAAGACAAGAUGCCAUCUCCUGAAUGUUGACAUGCCAGUGGAUGUGAAUCCCUUCUCAUUUCUCCUCCUCCUUCCCUUCGGACAGUGUUACAGUGAACAUCUAGCAUUCUUUUUUUUGGUUAAUAGUUGAGCAAACUGACAUUACAGAAAGUGCCUUAGACACUACAGUACUAAGACAAUGUUAAAUAUAUGAUUUGCCUCUAUAACAAUUUAAUGUAUUAUUAAGUUUUGACUGUGCUUCAUAUCAUGUACCUCUCUAGUCAAAGUGGUAUUAUAAACAUUCAGUGACAAUGAAUCAGUGUUAAUUAUAGAUCCUUGAUCCUCUGCAAUGUGCUUGACAACACAAACCUUUUGGGUUAAAAGCUUUAACAUCUGUUAGGAAGAAUUUGUGGGUUCGGAAUCUUUGAUUCCUCCCUCUCUCCUCUCCCCUCUUGAUGAAUUGUACUGGCUGUUGACCACCAGACACCUGACUGCAAAUAUCUUUUCUUGUAUUCCCAUAUUUCUAGACAAUGAUUUUUGUAAGACAAUAAAUUUAUUCAUUAUAGAUAUUUAUGCCUGCUCUAUUUACUUGGAGGAAAAAGCACCCGUUGAGAAUAAAGAGACCUCAAUAAACGUGAAGAAUCAUGUGGACAUGGAA